UCUCACUCACCAGCACAGUCACAAAGUAACUCUGGGAAGUUACAGAGAGGAGCCUGAGAGCUGAGCUCCAGCCAUGAGACCUCCGCGAGCUGUCACCCUCCUCAUCUUCCUCACUGGCAAUGUCUUCCUCUCCCUCCAGACCAAAGAAGUUGUGCUCCUGGACUUUGAGAAGACACAGGGGGAACUCGGCUGGCUGACCAAUCCGUUUGGGAAAGGGUGGGAUCUUCUGCAGAACGUCAUGAAUGGAAGUUUGAUUUACAUCUACUCGGUGUGCAAUGUCCAGGAGGGCGAGCAGGACAACUGGCUCCGCACCAACUGGAUCUACCGCAGCGAGGCGCAGCGCAUCUUCAUCGAUCUGCGGUUCACUGUCCGCGACUGCAACAGCUUUCCGGGCGUUUCGGGGGCCUGCAAAGAGACCUUCAAUUUGUACUACGCGGAGUCCGAUGUGGAUUACGGCACAAACUUCCAGAAGCGCCUGUUCCGCAAGAUCGACACGAUCGCCCCCGACGAGGUCACCGUUCAGGACGACUUUGCCUCCCGUAACGUCAAGCUCAACAUUGAAGUGCGGUCCGUGGGGCCGCUGUCAAAGAAAGGGUUCUACCUAGCCUUCCAGGACAUCGGCGCUUGUGUGGCCUUGCUCUCGGUCCGCAUCUACUACAAGAAGUGCCCGGCGGUGGUGCACGGCAUGGCACAGUUCCCAGAGACCGUCGCUGGCGCCGACUCUCAAUCCCUGGCCAAGGUUGCGGGAAAGUGCGUGGAAAAUGCUGUGCCGGUGGGCACCGAGGAACCCACCAUGCACUGCAAUACAGACGGAGAAUGGCUUGUGCUCAUUGGCCAAUGCCACUGCCAGGCUGGCUAUGAGAAAGUGGGCGACAGCUGCCAAGUUUGUAAACCUGGAUUCUUCAAAGCCGAUGCUUCCGACAGUCCCUGCCAGCAGUGCCCGGAGCACACCGAGCUCUCGUCCGAAGGUGCAACUUCCUGUCCCUGCCAAGAUGGCUACUUUCGGGCUACGGUUGACCCCAUUUCUUCUCCUUGCACCAGUUCCCCCUCUGCUCCUCGUGAGCUCCAUGUGGUGGGCGAUAGCUCCAAGGUAAUGCUGCACUGGUUACCUCCCAGUAACACCGGAGGCCGGGCCGAUAUCACCUACACAGUCACCUGUGAGCAGUGUUUGCCCGAGCAAGGAGAGUGCCAGCCCUGUGAUGCCAGCGUACGCUACUCUGAGCACCCUCAGCACCUGAAGGCCACCACCUUGACCGUCACGGAUCUCGAGCCGCACCUGAACUACACCUUCACCGUAGAGGCACGAAAUGGAGUGUCAAGCGCCAAAUCAGGCCGAAGCUAUACAUCCCUGCGUGUCAGCGUCAAUCAGACAGAUCCCCCUAAAGUGACUUCUGUGAACCUGGAUGGCCGCAGUAAGGACUCCCUAAGCCUAUCCUGGACGGUUGCACCUCGACAGCAGAACCGUGCCUUGAAGUAUGAGGUGGCCUACAAUAAAAAGAAUGAUGAGAACAGUUACUCCGUUCAUCGAUGUGAUGGCAAUUCCGUAACUAUCCCAAAACUAUCUCCCGGCACAGUCUACCUUGUGCGGGUCCAGGCCCAAACCCCAGAGGGAUCUGGCACUUACAGCAUGGAGUAUGAAUUUGAAACCCUCCCGGCAGAACCAGAAGGUACCAGUCAGGCCGCCAUCAUAGGAGGAGCAGCGGCUGGCGUGCUGUUAAUUGUAAUGGUGAUAACGAUUGCCGUUCUCCUACACAGAAGCAGAAGGAAUGGGCGUGCCCGGCAGUCCCCAGAGGACGUCUACUUCUCCAAAUCCGAACAACUGAAACCUCUGAAGACCUACGUGGACCCGCACACUUACGAAGAUCCUAACAAGGCCGUUCUGAAGUUCACCACUGAGAUUGCGCCCAACGCCGUCACUCGCCAGAAGGUCAUCGGGGCAGGGGAGUUUGGCGAGGUGUAUAAAGGGAUCCUCAAGCUGCCGGGAAGGAAGGAGAUCCCGGUGGCCAUUAAGACGCUGAAAGCCGGGUACACGGAGAAGCAGCGCACGGACUUCCUGAGCGAAGCCAGUAUUAUGGGACAGUUCUGCCACCACAACAUCAUCCGGCUGGAAGGGGUGGUCUCUAAAUAUAAACCCAUGAUGAUCAUCACUGAGCACAUGGAGAACGGAGCCUUGGACAAGUUUCUGAAGGAUAACGACGGAGAGUUCAGCGCCAUGCAGCUGGUGGGCAUGCUGCGAGGCAUCGCUGACGGCAUGAAGUAUCUCUCGGAGAUGAACUAUGUACACCGCGACCUGGCCGCACGGAACAUCUUGGUGAACAGCCAGCUGGUCUGCAAGGUUUCAGAUUUUGGCCUAUCGCGGGUCUUGGAAGAUGACCCAGAAGCCACCUACACAACCAGCGGCGGCAAGAUCCCAAUCCGCUGGACCGCCCCCGAGGCCAUCUCCUACCGGAAAUUCACGUCUGCCAGCGAUGUGUGGAGCUACGGCAUUGUCAUGUGGGAAGUCAUGUCGUACGGUGAACGGCCUUACUGGGAGAUGUCCAACCAGGAAGUCAUGAAGGCUAUUAAUGAAGGCUUCCGUCUCCCGGCUCCAAUGGACUGCCCGUCGGCAAUCUAUCAGCUCAUGAUGCAAUGCUGGCAGCAGGAGCGCAAUCGUCGCCCCAAGUUCCCGGACAUAGUCAGCAUUCUGGACAAACUGGUCCGAGCCCCGGAAUCCCUGAAGACGUUGGCAGACUUUGACCCAAGGAUCUCCAUACGCCUGCCCAGCACCAGUGGCUCAGAAGGGAUGCCCUUCAGAAGCAUUGCAGAAUGGCUGGAGUCCAUCAAGAUGCAACAAUACACCGACUGCUUCAUGUCCUCUCCAUUCAACUCCAUGGACAAAAUAAUUCUGAUGAACCAAGAGGACAUCAAGCAAUUGGGCAUCCGCCUUCCAGGACACCAGAAGAGAGUUGCAUUCAGUAUCCUGGGCCUCAAAGAACAGGCCAGCCAAAUGGGUAUCCCAAUCUGAAUACGGUCUCUUUGGCAGAACCGAUAUGCAGUCCGUCUAGGAACUAUUACGAUGCGGUUUGCUACCGUGUCGGGGUCCAGUGCUCCAGCUCUCGUUACCGGCGACCGAACGAUCCUCCAGUUGCAAAACCUAACGGACCCAGAACUCCAAGGGGACCAGACACAGCAAAAGGCCAACACACCCGUGUUUUCCACCCACCUGUUGGUCAUGCAGACUUUACCUCGUUAGGGUCUUGUGUUCUACUCCGCGGGACUUUAUAACGUGGCGAUGAUGUGCCGGAGAGGCCGUCUGCAGGUACUGUGGCUCUUGGACACCCCAUCAGCUGCUACAGUUCAGGAGAGAGGUCUACGCAAGCGAGGAUCACUCAGUAACCAGGCAUUUCAGGAGCCCCGUUCAUCUUUCCCCGCCACGGUGCGGCUGACGGUAGAUAUGAUGACAAGGGGCUCCGUUUACUGCGGAAUGCAGUGUGUUUGCUGGACUCGAGCACUUUCAGAUGUUGUAUGUAUAAUUAUAUAUUUUGUUAUAAAGUAAGCCGCACUCUCCUGACAGUCUGUACCCACAGCAGUCCCCGGUGACCUCCUGGCUGCGAGAGAGGAGAAACAUCUGGCCAAUUAUGAAACAAACCACCUUCUUCAGGGCAUUCCUGGUAAAUUGCAAGGCUGGCAAUCGCUUUGACGGCUGUAAUUGACAUUUUCACACGGCUAAAAAAGAAAAGAAAAGCCGCUUUUGUUCUUCUUCGUUGCGGUUGCAUUCUUUUUGACAUGGUACGAGCCAGGAGCCACAUCUCAGAGACAUUGGCGAUAGUUGCGGCCGGUUUGCUGUGUGCGUGCUCAAGCCUGAUGUGUCCUGUAUUAUACGCUAGCCUUAUCAGACUCUCAUUUUACCUCCACCGGAUGGCAUUGAAACGUGCGGCCCGAGCUGGAACUUUUAAUGACCUUAAAGCCUGCUCGUCACACCCUCCUGCCCGGAGCGCAGCGCAAAUCUUCACAGCCCUUCUCUGUGGACGAGUAAGGCCGCACUCUGUAUCCAGAUGAAACCUACAGUGUAUGUAUCGCAAUCAAAUCUCACGUGAAGAAUCAUGUUUGCCGGACGAGUUCCGUACCUGACAAAGUGCCUUUUACCGAUACUUCUACGCGCAGUCCUCAUUUUUCGUUUUAUUUUCUAACUUAUUCCUCUGUGCCUUGUAUGUACGUAGGAACUGUCCUCAGUGUUAAUGCUGUACAUUUGUGUCGUUAAUUAAUUAUUUAUUUUUUUAUAUUUAUUGAUAGGCCUCCGAAAAGCUGGUUAAACUUUUUUCGCUCAAAAAAAAUAAAACCUGCACAUUUAGUUUUUCAAAAGAA